CCCCCUCCAACAAGCUACACCUUCUACCACCACCCUACCCACCUUGCAAGCAUGGACUACGCUUACGCCGCUCUUGACAGGGGCUACAUCCCCGAUUUCACCCUUCGCAGAGCCAUUCGAGCCCUCAAUGCCCAGAGGAUAAGGUCACUCUCCAGCGGCACCUACUCCAAAGACAUUGAGAACAAAAUCGAGUACAUCGACAGUCUCAAGACCAAUGAGAUUGCCAUUGAGACUGAAAAGGCCAAUGAGCAGCAUUACGAGGUGGAUACCGACUUCAUGUUGAGCUGUCUAGGCAAAAGGGCAAAGUACUCCUGCUGCCUCUAUCCCACUGGAAAGGAGACGCUGGAUCAGGCAGAAGAAGCCAUGCUCGACUCGUACUGCACAAAGGCCAAGCUAAAAGACGGACAAGACGUCCUGGACCUGGGUUGUGGCUGGGGAAGUCUCUCGCUCUACUUGGCAGAACGGUACCCCAACAGCCGGGUCAAGUCUCUCUCGAAUAGCAAGACUCAGAAGAUCUACAUCGACUCGACGGCAAAGGCUCGUGGCCUGAAGAACCUGGAAGUUUUCACAGGAGACGUCAAAUUGUACGACUUUGCCGACAUCAAGUUCGACCGUAUUCUCAGCAUAGAGAUGUUUGAGCACAUGAAGAACUACUCGCUCCUCUUCUCCAAGGUGUCCUCGUGGCUCAAGUCUUCGCCCAAGGACAACCCCUCGGACCCCUCUCUCCUCUUCAUCCACAUCUUCUGUCACAAGACGACGCCUUACCAUUUUGAGGAGUCCGAUGGUUGGAUGGCGCAGAACUUCUUUUCAGGCGGAACGAUGCCCUCGCACGAUCUCUUCUUGCACUUUCAGCAAAAGGUCGUCCUGGAGAAGAUCUGGUGGCUCAAUGGGAACCACUAUGCGCGUACAUGUGAGGACUGGCUCAAGAAGCAGGAUAAGGGAAAUAAGGGUGGCAAGAGCAUCGCUGGGCUGAGGGCGGACGCGAAGAAGAAGGGUGUAGACGAGGCAGAAGGCGAGAAGACCUUCUACAGAUUCAGAGUCUUCUACCUUGCCUGCGCUGAAUUUUUUGCUACGAACGGAGGAGAAGAGUGGGGCGUGGGCCACUACCUCUUCACCAAGCGGGACUGAGAGACGGCAUCGAGCAUACUAUUAUAGACGACGUCGUCCGCGACAGAACAAUUCGGUCCGAAUAUCAUCGAUCUCAAUGAAUGUCUCACUCGUCACAGCAUAGAUAAGUUGGUAUUUGAUUAAUGAGCAGGUGAUGAAAUGGGGAGGAAGAGCGAGCUUCGUUCACUGGUCUCUUGAAGAGGCGGGGCUGCGAAAGUAUGCUGAUCUGCAGCAGCACCUUCGAAGCAAAUGAGCCCUACAUGGGGUAGAAUCGAAUACGAAAGAGAGGUAUAGCCACUUCAGACUGAAGUGAGCAAGAGAAGCGCAAAGAUGGAGAGGAGAGAAAGGCUGCUGCUGCACAUGGCGCAGAGUCAUCGAGGCGUAAGGCAGUCUGAGAGACUAGUUCAGUG